UUCAUAGAUCCCUAAAAAUCACAUACACUCACUAUAUAAAUUACAAAGCAAUUAUGUCCAGUUUUCCUUAAGGGGCAUAUUUUUGUCUCCGGCCGCGGAUUGCUUAUUUACCUAGUUGUUAACAAAAAGGCAGAGUGGUUGGACAGGUUAAAGGCGUGCUUUUAUUUGUGAUUUUUAUGUGAGUUACCGAAAUGGAAAUAAAUAAUACAAGUGAAGUGUUUAAUACCACAGUUUUAAAUGAAAAUUACAGACUCAAGGAACAUGAUCAAUACACGGCUUACAGGCCAGUAGCGUUUACAUUUGGACUUAUUAUUAUGUUAAGUAAUUUAACUGUUGUAGUGUCCAGCGGACUAAUACUUAAAAAGGGUCAACAACCGAAAAGUACAUAUAUAUUGCUAGGCAAUGUAUCUCUAGCUGAUACUAUAAUCGGGAUGUCCAUGCUCAUUGGUUUCAGCUUCGAAAUCCCAGACAGCUCAAACCCCCUAUGCAUCUUUGAAUUAGGUAUGCUUGUGUGUCCUGCUAUGGUUUCGAUAUUCACCGUCGGUCUAAUUGCCGUCGACCGCUACAUUUACAUUUUGCACGGCCUCUACUACCAGCGAUGGGUCAAUACGACCAAAGUACGAGUCAGCAUAAUGUUCAUCUGGCUAAUAGGACUCACCCUGGGAUUCCUCCCCGCAACUGGAUGGACCAACAACGACCCUAACUCAAAUUGCUUUUACGUUGCUGUCUUCCCUGGACCUUUAAUCCUUCUGAACUCAAUAUUAAGCAUCGUACCUAUCAUAGUAGUAGCCGUUCUUUAUUCUAUAAUUUUAGUUAGCGCCUUGAAAAAUGUUAGGAAAAUCAAUGCGUCCGUCGCCCAAGCAAAGACAAACACAAAGUCCGUGCUCCGAAUCUACAGGGGAAACGGAAACAAUACACAAUCAGUGAAAACUUCUAAACAAAACAAUCAAAAUAUAAAACGAAGCUUAUCCUUUAAUUCCUGUUACGAAAUUGAGAGUGGAAAACUCGAUAGGAAAGAUUUUGUUUCGAAAAGCAAUACCGAUAUAACAAACGAAACGUUUCAAGCAUUACCUAAUAAAAACAAGACAUCUUUUAAUAAUGUAUCGGGUAGCUUAUGUUCGACAAACAUAGCAGAAAGUCGAAAUACAAUCGGCGGAGACUCUGAUAGUAACGCAGGUCAAAGAACAAAAGAUAUCAGAAGGGGUAAAAUAAAAGAAGCUAAUAAAUGGAGAGCGUUAACGAUAGUGAUGCUAACAACAGGAAGUUUUAUAUUCACCUGGAUGCCGUUCUUUAUAGCUGUCAUAUUUUAUGUUCUAUGCGAUGAAAAAGAAUUCAACCCAAAAUGUCUUAACAUUAGAUUACUGCUCGCGGGACCAUUGGCAGCUCUAGCAUUUAUGAAUAGUAUAUUUAAUCCACUUAUUUACGUUUGGUGGCAUAAAGGAUUCCAGAGAUAUGUACAGACAUGUUGGAAAAGAUAUAUUAGUAGGCAUUUUAAGGGAAAAUGUUAAUCCGUAUUGGACUAGAUGAAUUAAAACGACAUCUCUCUAAAUUAAAAUAAAUUAUGUAUAAUUUGUUACUUAUAUGAUACAAUACAAUAUAUCUUAGUAAAUAAUACCUACUUAUAAAUACAGUAUUAUAGACUACAACAUAUUUAAGAACUACUUAAUUUUAUAAUCAUAGCUCGCAUAUGAUGAAUUUCGCAUUAAAUGGCAGAAAUCGUUGUGGGUUUUUGUCUUAUGACUU